CCGGACACAUUUUACCCACCCACACCAGACCGCAAUAAUUAACGUUCAUUGGUCGUGCAAUCUGUUUACAUUUUUUAUUGCGGAUGUGGGUGACACCGGUGUGUUGCAGGUGUUCGCAGGAAUUUAACACCUUUAAAAGCUUCAAGUUGUUUUGUGUCGACUUGUGAAUUUGUGAGAUGUCUCACGCGGAUCUGAGGUGUCCGGGCUGCGGCUCCUCAAACGUCGUGGAUGAUGAUCUUUACGCUCAGGUCCAGAUGGUGUGUGUGGACUGCGGCUCCGUGGUGUCAGAGGGAGUCCUGGCCAAUGAUCCUGUUGGAGGGCUGGAAGUCAGCUACAGCCAGACGACAGCCGUGACCAAGAAGCCCUGUCUUAACCUAUUAAAAGGUCUUCAACGUGUCAAAGCCAUGUGUCGAAUCAUCUGCGUUCACCGUGAGAUUGAGGAACUCUCGCUCACGUAUUUCAAUCAGGCCUAUCAGCACGACAGCUUUAUUAGAGUGAGCCUUCAGAAGAAGGAAGUUCUCGCCGGCUGCUGCUUGCUUGUGAGCUGCAGGUUGCGCAAUUGGCCAAUCACUAUGGGAACCAUCAGCCGCUUGCUGGAUGCCGACUCAACGCUGAUGGGAGCGGUUUAUCAAGAGAUGGUCAAAGUUCUCAAAAUCGAGGCUCCCAUCAUCAACGUCACUGAUGUGAUGGAGGCGCACAGUCAGGAGUACAAAAUUGGCUCUAAUCAUGUCCCCGAAGAGUUGGCCGAGGACUCCAGAAACCUGUCCAAACGUGCUGUGGCCUUGGUGGAACUGGCCGCAGAGACCUGGAUAGUGACUGGCAGGAGGCCCAUCCCCAUCAUGAUGGCAGCCGUCUAUCUGGCAUGGCAGUCCUUGAAACCCAACAAGCAGCGGCUGAAAUUCACCCUGGACAAAUUCUGCCAGCUCGCCAAAGUGAAAAAGCAAGUGCGGGCCAUGAAGAGAAUAACGGAGAUAAAGGAGGUGCUAUGCAAGCUGGGGAAGGAGCUUCCAUGGGUCAGAGAGGAAGUCACGCCAGAUAAUGUAAUGCUGCAGGUGGAGGAUAUUCUGAAUUACAAGCAUGCACUGCUAAGAAAGGCCAUGAGGACCCACGAGGACGCUCUGCUGGCAGAGUGUCAAACCAGCUGUGAGGACUCUGUAACCGUGGAGAACACUGAUGGAGCCUCUGAGGAGCAAUGUGAACUGAGUACUGAAAAGGCUAAGCAGGCAGGUGAUAAAGAUGAUAGUUCAUGCAUAAUGCCUGAGCAGCUAGACGAUAGUCAGGAGAGUCCAGAUGCUGCACCAAACUGGGGGAAGAGAGUGCUGUUUGCUCCCCCCUGCGUGGUUCAUGCCAAGAGAAGACGAGUGGAGCAGCCUGGGCUCAAAGAUGUCACUGGUGAUGAGGAAAUCUCUGACAGUGAAAUUGACUCAUACAUCCGUACUCCUCGGGAAGCGCGGGAGUUCGCUCUGGCACAGAAGAUAUUAUCAGAGAGUGAGAAAUUAUAACUGGUGAUGGAUCAAGCCCGAACUUUGUUAAAUGGGUUUCUGUUGCAUCAGUAAAGAAGGAUGUUUGAAGUUACAGUUUCUGUGUUAGAACUUCUAUUUCAUAUCAAUUCAUUCUUUUUAUGAGAUCACAAUAAGAUACAUCUCCUCUAUUUAGUUUAAAUAAAUGUAUUAUUUUUGUAUAA